AUGGUUGCCGGGUGGCCGCACGAGCACGUCCCAACCAGCGGCGUCGAGGCUACCCCCGUCAGGUUCAGCGACGGCGGCUUCGGCGGCGUCCCGACCUCCGCAGCGGCGAUCGCGGGCCUCAAGAAGCAGAGGUACGGCGAGGGGCCACCUACGGGAGCUGACGACGACGACGACAUGUGCGUCAUCUGCAUGAGGGGCUACAAGAGAGGCAGGAGGCUCUACGUCAUGCCCUGCGCGUACAAGCAUCGGUUCCAUCGCAAGUGCCUCGAGAAGUGGCUGUCGCGCAGCCACCUGUGCCCGCUCUGCCGCCACGCGCUGCCCACCGACGACGACCAAGCAGCGCACAGGAACGCCGACCUAUGGCUGUUAAAUGUAAACUGA